ACAAAGGUGGCUUAUUUGCCGUCACGCCAUUUUCCUUCGACGACCGAGAGGAACAAACCAGCGAGGGAAGUGCGUCCUGUCUCAACUGUGAUUGUAUAAGAAAAGAGGAUCCGUCAUGCAUCGUGACUGUCCGCUUGACUGCAAGGUCUAUGUUGGAAAUCUGGGCAACAAUGGGAACAAAACAGAGUUGGAGAGGUCGUUUGGCUACUAUGGUCCUCUCCGAAGUGUUUGGGUGGCCAGAAACCCUCCUGGUUUUGCCUUUGUAGAGUUUGAAGAUCCAAGAGAUGCAACUGAUGCAGUGCGUGAGCUCGAUGGACGCAAUUUGUGUGGUUGCCGGGUAAGAGUAGAGCUGUCAAACGGUGAGAAACGCAGCCGAACCAGAGGCGCUCCCCCUUCGUGGAGCAGACGUCCUCGAGGAGACCGAGAUGACUACAGGCGGCGGAGCCCUCCAGCAAGGCGAAGAUCCCCACGCAGGAGGAGCUUCAGCCGCAGUCGCAGCAGGUCUUUCUCCAGAGACAGGAGGAGGGAGAGGUCCCUGUCUCGGGACAGGAACCAUAAACCUUCAAGGUCUUUUUCACGAUCAAGGAGCCGCUCCAGGUCUGCAGACAGGAAGUAGAGCAGCGUCUGUCAGGAGUAAAGGGAGCUGAGAUGAACGGUUUUACAUGCAUGGCCGUUUCAUGUGAUGGAUGAUUUAAACGUGACCAAUGUGGUCAUUUUUGUGUUGAGUUUUUUUUUUUUUUUUUUUUUUAAACUAUCAAGCAUUUUAGUCCCUCUCCCCCUCUCUUGUUUAUAGAACAUUUUCAAACACAUCAAGUGGGUGUGUACAGGUGUGAAGUCACAUCCAUCUCAUCUGUCCUGAAACAGUUGUGCCACCCAGCAUUCCAGUUCACCAGUUAAUCUCGAAAGAGGGUUUUUGUUUUGUCAAUGAAUGUACUGUGUAGUUUCACUUAGUGUUAGUACCUCGUUUUUUUUCCAUUGUGUAAACGCCAGCAAAUUUUUUAAAAUUUAUUUUUAAAGGGUUGGGAUGAUUUACAACGAGUCCCUCCUAUUUGAUUGUCUAUAAAUCCAACCGUUUUUCAAUGUGCUACUUUCUUACUUCAUACUGAAGGUUUCUGUCAGUUUGUUGGUUGGUUGUGAUAAAUGCACCCCUAAUUCAAGAUGCAAAACUUUAAUGAGCAUUGAGUUAAAAGAAGGUGUAGUCAACACAAAUGAUAUUUUUGUCUUUGAAGUUUUUCUUUUUUUUUCUUUGUUUGAUACUCUGUAAAAUGGUCUCUAUUAAAAUACUGGUUGAUCAAGACAA